ACGGCUCUCGCCGCCGUGCAGCCGCCGUGCAGCCGCAGCCAGCCGGGGCCGGGGCGGCCGCAUGUGCGAAGUGGGGACGCGGCCGCCGCUGGCCGCCGAGCGCGGGGAGCCGCCCGGGGGUGCCGCCGCCGCCGCCGAGAGGUGCCGAGACAUGGGAGAACAGCCCAUCUUCACCACCAGAGCCCAUGUCUUCCAAAUUGACCCCAGCACGAAGAAGAACUGGGUCCCCGCAAGCAAGCAGGCUGUAACUGUUUCCUACUUCUAUGACAGCACGAGAAACAGCUAUCGGAUUAUCAGUGUGGAUGGAGCCAAGGUGAUCAUAAACAGCACCAUCACCCCCAACAUGACUUUCACUAAAACAUCACAGAAGUUCGGGCAGUGGGCAGACAGCAGAGCCAACACUGUGUUCGGGCUGGGCUUCCCCUCCGAGCAGCAGCUGACCAAGUUUGCAGAGAAGUUCCAAGAAGUAAAAGAAGCUGCCAAACUUGCAAGAGACAGAUCUCAAGAGAAAAUUGAGACCUCAAGCAAUCAUUCACAGACCAGCAUUGCAGCCAAGAUGAAAAGGGAGAUGCAGGAGACACCCAGUGUUCGUUUGUGUGUUGUGCUGCAGGAGUCUGGACGUGAAACACCAUCUUCCACUCGAGCUUCAAGUGUGAAUGGCACAGACGACGAGAAGGCAUCACAUGGUGGCUCUGCUGAGGCACAUCUCAAAUCUGAGAAUGAUAAAUUAAAAAUUGCUCUAGCCCAAAGUUCAUCCAAUGUGAAGAAGUGGGAGACGGAGCUGCAGUCGCUGCGGGAGAGCAACGCGCGGUUGUCCACAGCGCUGCAGGAGUCGGCGGCCAGCAUCGAGCACUGGAAGAAGCAGUUCUCAGCCUGCAAGGAGGAGAACGACCAGCUGAGGGGCAAGAUUGAAGAACUGGAGGAACAGUGCAAUGAAAUAAAUAAAGAGAAGGAAAGAAAUGCACAGUUGAGUAGACGUCUCCAGGAACUGGAAACAGAACUUCAGGACAAAGAGCUGGAACUGGAAGAGCUUCGAAAGCAGGGUGAAAUUAUACCAGAGCUAAUGUCAGAAUGUGAAUCUGUAUCUGAACAAUUGCAGGCUGCUGAGAAAAAGAACAAAGAUCUUGAAGAGAAAGUCAGAACGCUAAGGACAGAAGUUGAAGAGAACAAACAUAGGCAGACCAACCUUAAAACUGAAUUAAAGAAUUUUUUAGAUGUACUAGACGGGAAGAUAGAUGAAUUACAUGAUUUCCGACAAGGACUGUCUAAACUUGGGGUUGACAAUUAGAUGGCAAUAGAUCUUUUUUGUAAUCUAGGGUCUGGAUGUUUGAUGUUUUGUUGAUCCCAAACGUGUGUUUUACAAAAUAUAACUAGAAUGUUCCACUUGUUUGCAUUGGUUUUGUACAUAGAGGCUGAAAAUUUGCUGUGGGUUUUUGGUUGGUUUUUUUUUGGUGGGUUUAUUUUAUUUUGUUUGUUUAUUUACCAAACCAAUCAUGCUGCUCACUGAAUUCUGUUGAGAUUAGAAACUUUCUAUAUUGCUGCUCUGGCUUUGUGGGGUUGGGAACAGGUAGAGGGUUCUGUCUCAGGAAUCUGGAACUAGACCUACCUUAAAAUGAAUAUGCAGUUAGUUGUUGCAGGGAAAUUUAUAUCUUUCUUAAGGGCUGUUGCAACCAUAGAAACAGAAAAGAAGUCUUUUUCUUGUCCAGACUAUCAGCACUCUUAGCAGGAUUGACUUUAUUCUGUGGUGGAGCAGAGAGAUUAGCUGGAGCCCCUGCAGUUUGUAAAGUGUGCCUGUGAUGAGCUGCAGCCAGGAAAAUCACCUCUCACAGAUACCAGUAUCUUUAGGACCAUGUCAAUCAGGCCUGGUUCACCAAAAAAAAAAAUUGCAGUGGAUUCCAGAUAACCUCUGAUAGAGGUUCCAUGUGCUUGCCUGGAUCCAUACAGAAGAGUCAACAAUGCAGAAAUGAGUUUCAACUCUUGAAGUCAAGUGUCUUACCAGUCAGUGAGGACAACUUCUCUUGCUUAGCAGCAUCACCUCUCUCUGGCCUUCAGUUUUGAACCCAUAUAGUUCCAUCAUUAUGUGCAUCUCUGAAAAAUGCCCACCUGAGUCUGGGGACCAGAUAUUUAUUUUUAAAAGUGGUAUGUUGCUGGUUUGUACAGGACUCGUGCCCCUCUGUGUGCAACUUGAUUGUUGUUGAUUGACUUCUGCAGCAGUGAGGAAGGAGACAUGGAUCUGAAAAGCAUUAUAAGGUUACUGGAAGGUGUUUAUCUGAAGCAAAUUUCUGCCUAGGAGACUGGCAGGGCAAUGGCCACGUGAAGUCAAAGUCCUUUACUAUGAUUUCUGCAUUCUCUGGCAGUAGGGUAGGGAUUAGUCACCAAGUUAGGUUGUACAAAAAAAAGCCCAUCUCAAUCCGAGAGGCAGAAAUGUUCCUUUAUUCUUGAACUGAUUAUUCAGCAGCUCUAAGAGUGUUUUGAGAAAUGCAAGCUCAUACCCCAGCCUUCAGUGAGGAGGAAGUUCAGUUCAUGACAGACAGAUGUAAAAAGGGACAGAGAGGAGAAUCCAGCCCAAGCUUUGCUCUUUCCCCUAGAACUUCCUUCAGCUUCUUUCUCUUCUUUCCCCAUAACCUGUUUUGAGGGUGUUUACCUGGGACCUUAAUUCAGGAAAGUACUUUUGUGUACGUGAUGUUAUUUGCUUGAUUCCAAUGACAGCUUGGUUCAGCACUGUGUUAGUGCUUCCCAGCAGUGACUGGUAUAAAAUGGCCAUGCUUUCCUUGGAAUUUCAGGGCCUUUUUCUUUUUUUUGGCACAUCUUGAUUAUUAAAGUGGCCUUUAAAAGAAAGGUGGGUUGUAGGUGAAACAUGCAUUGAAUACUUUUUCACAGAUGAAUAUGUAAUCCCCAUGGUAGAGAUGGGAUCUGUCUGCAAUUGUCCCUUGAAUUUUCAUUUCAUCUGUUACUAUUACAUUAUCUUCAUUGCCUGUUUUUUAGAAUGGACUUUGAGUAUUUUUGCUUUUUACUCCUUUGAAACAAUGGAUGUAAAGUUAGGACCUUUCAUAACCAUUAUGACCAUUUAAAUCUAUUUUAAAAAAAUUGUUUUAGGCUGUUGAUAUUUUAAAAUAAAAAUAAAAAUCAGGUACAUAGCAUGUAGGCGUGUGAAAAUUAGACUUUGCCAGCAUGGAAGAUUCAACAGUUGCAUAAUGUGGGGUUAGAUCAGACUUCUCAAAAUUGAAAAUGACGUCAGAAACUGUGUGGUUGUGCACAAGUAGUCUCCAUUUUUAGUCUUUUUAUGUGAUAGAAAGUCAGAUAUACACCAUAAUUUAGCAGGCAGCUCAUCCUGCUUCUCCUCUCCUCCCAUGCUGCUUUUUUGUCCCUGCAUCAGCUGGGAACCACAGGAUAACACAAUUAAGAGCUGCAAGCAAUACUGGCAGUCAGGGCCCUGCUCCUCACAGUGCUUCAUUGCUUUUGCACCAAGAACCAUGCCCUGUCUUCCUUUUCCUGCUGAGUAAUCUUAGGGCUCCUCUCUGUUUCAACAUAAAUUUUGUUUUUGGCAUGAUGCUGGGUAAAAGGAUGCAAAAGACUCAGUGAAAAAAUUACACUGUUUGGCUUAAUCCAGAUCUUUGUUUUUCACUUUAGUCAGGUCUAAGAUCCAGUUCAUUAGGAAUGUAUUAAGCCACUCUUAAAUUGCAAGGGAAGUGUUUCCAUGGGAUUGCAUUGAUUAAACAGAUGGAGUUUGAUGGUGGCACAUUAAGGCACUGCACAGCUCUGACACAGGCAGUUAUUUCUGGGUGCUUAGUGCCUGCCAGAGGAACAAUGGAGUCCUUAAAUAAAUCCCUGCCCUGUCUCUUCUAUCCUGCCCCAGAUGUAUGCAUCACAUAUCCGCUAUUUCUCUGAUGUUGAGUUGUUAGGGAUGCCUGUACACAGCUUUAUGCUGUGGGAAACUCCGUCCUUCAAGCCUCCAAGGGCUUGUUAUAAUUGCCUUCUUUCUUCUUUCUUCCCAACAGCACUAAGUUGAGAGCUUCUACAUAUAAUCACUUAAACUCCCCAAAAUGCCAUCUCUUUUAAUCUUCCCAUCUCUUUCAUUGGAUUUUCCCUCUUCAAGAGAAAAAAGUGUGGCAGUGCAUUCUCUCAGGAGUGUUUGGGCACCAACUGCAGUUGCCCUCUCCAGCCUGUCCCUGUCCCCAGCCCAGGGGACCGAUGGUGUCACACACUGCUUAUACCUUGGUGCUCUCUGGUGGCCCAGCACUAACCUGUGUGCCAAACAGAGCCUCACACUGCUCCUCUUGAGACUCAUCCCAGCACUGAAAUGCCUCCUCUGUCCUGGCCAGGGCAGCCAGCCUUCCUCCAGCAAAAUGCACACACCAUCCCACGGAUGCACUGACCCUCCUUUUGUGCACAGCUGGAAUUUCGCCUGUCCCUGUGGCACCCUGAGUUCACAGACACCUGCUUAGGGAUGGCCCUAAACACUCCCAGGGCCAAGGAAUUUUCAUCCCUGUCCAACAGAGGAUCUGCAGAACUGGGUUUUAUUUGUUACAUAGUGCUGGGCUAAUCCUGGUUUCCCUGUGUCUGUCAGCAAUGCCUUGGUCGGCACUCCCACCCAGCCUGAGCACAGGUUUAUAGCAGGCUGUACCUCUCCUUGGGUGACCCUGAGUUCCCUUUCUGGACACAGGUUUCUCCCUCUAAGUGGUUUUUAUGGCAGGAUCUCUCCUACCUCACUUACAUGGUCUCUCCUUAACAAAGGACAUGUGCUUGGCACUUGCUGUGUGGGUUUCUGCACCACCACAGGUCCUGCCACACAUCAGCAACCUGGGAGCUUCAGCUCUGCUGGCCUCCUGUGACACCAGGACAGAGUGUGUCUUACUGACCUCUGGCUGAGAGGCUUCUCUGAGGUGAUGUUAGAGCUGCUGAAUAAUGCUACAGUUUGAGGGGUUUUAACAAAAUGAGGAAAAAACAGGUAUACCUUGCAUAACAUAAAAGCAAAAGUGACAUUAAAAUUGAUAGAAUUAUUUUCAAGGGGAAAGAAUAUUCCAUUAGAUAUAUUAUGUCACAUUUUGAAAAAAUACCUUAGUCUUGUAUUAGGGAUAAAUUAUUUCAAAAUGAAAAAAAUGGAACUUUGUUACACAGAAUAAAGGUUAACCUUUUGGGGUUUUUAUUAUUUGGCUGAAUCUUUCUUUGCCAAUUUUGACUCAACUUCACAAGUAGUUCUGUUUGGCCUAGAAGUGCAUUUUCAGCAAUUGCCAUACUUUGCAGUGUUCUGUCUACACCUAAUUGGUGUCUCCUUCACUAAGUGAGCUCACUGGUAGAAAACUGUCUUUUCUUUAUGAAACUCAACACCACCUGUCAUUUUCUGUAUCCAAGAAUUCUAAGAAUACACUUUCUUUGUUUUACACUGGGUGCAUCUGUGGCCAGAAAACAAAUGUUAUUUAGACAAUAUAUUUUUUUCUGUACAAACACCUGAUUUGGUUUUUAUGUGGGCAAUUUAGGAAGGGCAAUUUUUUAAAGCUGCUUGGUGAAUUAAGGUGAGCAGGAAGGGUUUGUGCUGUUGUGCCUGCUGUCCCUGCCCUGCCAUUGUCUUACAAGGGUACCAGCCAAAGCACUGGUGGUGCUAAGGCAGGGGCUCACCUGCCCUGUCCAGUGAUUGCUCAGUGGCUUGCUGGCCACAGGAACACACAUCCUACUCACAGCAGGGCACAAAUUGUCCACAGACUUCUGCUCUCUUCUCUACGCCAUUUAUUUAUUUUUGCAAGUAUCGAUUCUUUUCCUUAUUAAUUUUUUGCCGCCUUUGGCUGCGUCAUAAGUGACAGAAGGAAAAUUCCCUGUUGUUGUCACCACCUUGCAGUGCUGGGAGUUUCUCAGCUACAAGACCAUGCUCUUCCUUAGGCUCUUCCAAAGAGCUAUCUUGGCAAAACUCUUCAAAGCAUCAACAGCUUGUAAGGAAUAUAGCACUGUCUUCUUGAGCCUAUGGAUUAGCAAAGAUAAAACCCCUGUCAGGGUGAAAUGCCUCGCUCAGCUGAAUGUGUGCCCAAUGCUAAAUCUGAAGGGAAGAGGUGUAAGGGAAGGCAGCAGCAGCAGCAAAUUUUUUUGGCUAUCGUUUCAGCAGAGAUUUCAGUGAAAGAUGUGCUCUCCCCAUGAGCUGUGGAUGUGCCAAAGGUCUGGAUGGCCACACCAAUCCACCAGCUCACCUGCCUUUGUCCAGGCACUUCUGGGCUUGUCAAGCCUGUAAAUAUCAAGUCCUCACAUAUCACAGGUGGUGGUGUGAGGGAUGGAAGUGUCACGUCCACACACACAGAGCCCAGAGAGCACUGCAGCCACAGCUCUGGUUGUGGUCAGACACUUCCAGUCAAAAGCAGGAAAAGCUGUUCCUGUCCCACAGGGCCUCAGCAGUACCAGGGACCUUGUGGAAGGGCAGGUCCAGCUUUUGGGAGGCUGAGGGGCAGCAAGGAGUCCCAGGCUGGGCUGGCAGGGUCUGGUUAUGGGCACAAUUUAGCAAUGGUAGGACAGAAAGCUACUUUAAGGUAAUUUUUCUUUCUGUGGAUCGUGUUCAACAAGCACCUGUGUGUCAGGCCAAGCAAUACACAGCCACAAGAUGAAUCCAGACACACCCACAGCCACAGAGCCCCAGCUGGCCCUCACAGCCUGGCCAGGGAUGCUGUGCCUGGAGUCCCGCGCCCCCGGGAGCUCAGCAGGGCUUUAGGCUCACUAUUGGAAUGUACACCUGACACUAAGUUUGCACAUCUUAAAUACCACUCCCAGUGGUAAAUGAUAAGGUACCUGAAGUAAAAUAGAGUCAGGAGGUGAAGGAGAAAUGUGAUGAAGGUGCUUCCCAAAGGAGGGAUCUCCUGCAGGCUGUGGGCAGAGCUGGUCCUGGCCAGGAGGGCUUUGCUUGCAUCCCUGGGGGAUGUUGGAUGUCCAGCCUUUGAUUUUCUACUGUGUUUUGUGUUAGCUCUUUUUUUUUUCUUUUUUUUUUCUUUUUUUUUUUUUUGGCGGGUAGCCUGAACAUACAGUCUUCAGAUGAAGGUGCCUAUACCUCUAAAAAUUUUAUAUGCACAUUUUGAAAGUUAGUUAAUUUAGUUACCUAAUAAUAAUGGUACAUAGAAGAAAGGCACUUGAGGAAAAUCUGUCUGCUAUUGUAUUUUUGUUUGGGUUGGUUUUGUUUGGUUUUUUAACACUGGUCAGCAAUAAUUAUUUUAGCCAUAUACUAGCUGAAAAGACCGAUAUGUAAGAUUUGUGAACUAAACUUCUAAGUUUGCAGGACUUUGAUUAACCUGGGUAUGUGAUGAGAAAGCUAUGCUCAAUAAAAGAGUAUUUUGCAGCAUUUAGAUGUUUUCAUUUAAUUGCCUAAUAGUGAUCAUGAACAUAAUAUUCUAUAAAGCUCAUCAUGAAUGACAAACAAAGCACAUCGUUUUUAACAUAAAUAUAUCCCUUGUAGUUGAAAGUUCUGAGAGUGUACUAGUGUGGUCUGCUAUACCAAAAUAUUUAGAUUAUUAUGAGAUUUUAGUACUAAAGAUAAACAUACACCCUGUUUUUAUUGUUUCAAGUAAAGUUUAGUGAAUGACAAUUUGUUGAUAUACAACUGUGGGGAAACACUGCAGUGCUCUAAAUGUAUAUUUUUAUUUGGGUUUAUUAUAUUUAGUAUAUGUUUCAAUGAAAACUGAAGUGUUUACUACAGUUGGAUCAUUGUAAAACAUCUCUUACCUCAUUUUGUCUGCUGUAAAAAAGUACUAUCCUCUUAUUUUUUUUUUCUUUUUUCAAAUUGACCAUAGACAGUCAAUGUUAAUAUUUAGACUCCUAGUAGCAGUAAAUGCUGGGUUUUAUAUCUAUAAAAUGAAAACUUGAUUUUUUUCUUUAUGAACUUAUAUAACUUUGUGAUUUUUAUCUGAUUUUAUUGUAACAUAAAGUUGUUUUAUGUAAAAAUAUAUAGUUUAAGUAAAA